CUAUGGCGACUUGAUAACUCUUCUUCACGUGUUCCCUACCACAAGAUCAAGAAACAAGAACAAGCUCAGACUCCUCCGUCUCAAAGCUUCCACUUGACACUGUCUUUCAAAGACAUCUGCAGUAUCAAUUUCCCAAACGUAACCACUCUCGUGUUUGAAAAAAAAUGUUGGUACUUUGUACACAUAUGGACGGAGGGCCCCAACUGAUAGAAAAAAAAUCUACAACCCGGUAGGCUAUAUAUCCAGCACUUUGAAGAAGUAGAAAAAUGAACUUAAACAAUUAAGAAAAUAGAAAAAUGGGAAGCAGCAGCAAUAUUAUUCCAAAAGUUAGAGUAGGAGGUUCAAGUAGCAUUCCGGUGCUGGGAUUCGGAACAGCUGUGUUCCCUUUUGUUGGAUCAGAAACCAUGAAAGAAUCCAUCCUCCAUUCAAUCAGACUUGGCUACAGACACUUCGACACCGCGGCUGUUUACAACUCCGAACCGUCUCUUGGUGAAGCCAUAGCAGAAGCUCUGUGCCUCCGCCUCAUUACGUCUCGUGACGAGCUAUUCAUCACCUCAAAGCUCUGGUGCAGCGAUGGACACCCUCACCGUGUCCUCCCUGCACUACAAACCUCUUUGCAGAAGCUUGGAUUGGAGUAUAUUGAUCUUUAUCUCAUCCACUUUCCGGUGAGCUUGAAGCCAGAAACCGGCCAUGAGGUGCCUUUCAAUAAGGAGAAUAUUGUUCCCAUGGAUUUCAAGUGUGUUUGGGAAGCCAUGGAGGAGUGUCAUAGACUCGGCCUCACCAAAAACAUUGGAGUCAGCAACUUCUCUUGCAAGAAGUUAGACCAGUUACUUCUAACUUCAAACAUCACUCCCAUGGUCAAUCAGGUGGAGAUGAGCCCACUUUGGCAGCAGAAUAAGCUCAGAGAGUAUUGUGAAAAAAAGGGAAUCCAUGUCACUGCUUAUUCACCUUUAGGGGCAAAAGGAACACCAUGGGGAACCAACCAAGUCUUGGACUGUGAGGUUUUGAAAGAGAUUGCCGAGGCCAGGGGAAAGACAGUUGCUCAGGUUUGUUUGAGAUGGGUUUUCGAGCAUGGCGUAAGCGUUCUUGUGAAGAGCUUUAAUAAGGAGAGAAUUAAAGAGAACCUUGAGAUAUUCGAUUGGACACUAAGCCCCGAGGACUGCCACAAGAUCAGUCAAAUUCCACAGCAGAAGGGGGUUUCUGGAGUUGAAUUCAUAUGGGAUGGAGGCCCAUAUAAAUCUGUUAUUGAGUUAUGGGAUGAGAAGAUCUAAUUCAUGUUAAAUCCACAAAUCCUGUAAACAAGAACUGCAUAAUCAAGCUAAGUUGGCCUUGAAUAAUGGAAUAUCUAACAUGAUUGAUAUUUGUCAGCGAUCAAUAUGUAAGAUUAUUUAUUAAUUAUGUGGCCUACAUAAUUUGUACAUGUGAUAUAUUUCAUUAA